AAUUACGUUUUAGAUAUAUCCACACUAGUAGGGUUUUUUGUUCUUUUUAUUUUUGUAGUCGUUGACGUUUUUGCGCUAGCGACCUCUGCCUCUGCCCUGUGCCUGUGUUCAUGACAUUCAUGGAUGUUCUGUGUUCGCCAUUUUAGGUAUUUGGACUGAAUAAUUGUAUUUUUUCUCAUUUUAAAGAAGAAUACUGGAAAUUUGAAAGAUAUAGCUUGUGAAACAUGUAAUUUUCUGUAACAGCAUGCUGAACUGUUCACCUAUUAAAAGAAAACGGCGAACCGUUUCUAACAUGAUGGAGGCCUUUGAAAAUGUUCUACUCAAUGCAUCAGAAUUUAUCAAAGGCCGUUUAUUUUUUGUAUCUCUGAAUACACCUGUUGAGCCAAAAUCAACAGCAUCAGUCCACUAUUUUUCAAUUGACUAUGAGUUGAACUAUGAUGGAUUUUACCUUGAUUUUGGACCGCUGAAUUUAGCCAUGCUGUACCACUAUUGUGUGAAGUUGAGAAGAAAAUUGAGUAAUCCUGCGUUCCACAACAAGAAAAUUGUGCAUUACACGUGCAUUGAUGUUGAAAAAAGGGUUAAUGCAGCUUUCCUUAUCGGUUCAUAUGCAAUAAUAUAUUUGAAUUUUGAACCAGAACAGGCCUAUGAAGUCCUGAAUCAUGAUUCCACAAAAGAUUACCUAAAAUUCAGAGAUGCCUCUAUUGGGGAACCAUACACUCUGAGCAUUUUGGACUGCUUGAAAGCUAUCAAAAAGGCCUUCCACUUUGGCUUCUUCAAUUUUGACAACUUUGAUUUCAUGGAGUAUGAACAUUAUGAACGUGUUGAAAAUGGAGACUUUAACUGGAUUUUGCCAGACAAGUUUAUUGCCUUUUGUGGACCACACGAUGAUAGUUCAUUGGAUAGAGGUACUAGUACUCAUUCUCCAGAAACAUAUUUUGCAUACUUCCGAAGACACAAAGUCACUACAGUUGUGAGGUUAAAUAAGAAAGCAUAUGAUGCAAAUAAAUUUAUUCAAGCUGGGUUUGAUCACAAAGAUUUGUAUUUUGUUGAUGGCGGAACCCCUAAUGAUAGGAUAUUGCAUCAUUUUAUCAGUAUUUGUGAGAAUGCCAAGGGUGCAAUUGCUGUACAUUGUAAAGCUGGGCUUGGUAGGACUGGUUCGUUGAUAGCCUGUUAUAUAAUGAAACAUUAUAAAUUUACUGCAGAAGAAGCUAUUGCUUGGAUCAGGAUAUGCAGGCCCGGCUCUAUAAUCGGUCACCAGCAGAAUUGGCUGCAAGUUAAGCAAAAGCAGAUGUGGGAGGCAGGUGAAGUAUAUAGGAAGAAGCAUGGCAUAACUAGUCUUCCAAAGCAUACCAAAGGUAUUUAUGCCCUAUCGGACUUGAGCAAAAAGAAAAAUAACGACAAUGUCACAGGCAUUGUUAGGAAGGUUGAUUGUAUGGGAAUCAAAGAUGCUAAAGAAAAAGAAGGCGAAGAAAACAAGUUAACGCAGGGAGAUCUGUUGAACGAAAUUAAAGCACAACGAGCCAGGGCAAAACCACUUGCGACCACCCAACAAGACAGGUUGAGGCGGGUACACAUUGGUAACAAUUCUGUUACACAGACAGUGUUGAGAGGCGGAAAAAUAAUUUGCAGUUCCCCACAAAAAACCGGGUCAAGUACUAACCGUGUUGUCACCAAAAGAAUCGAAACAAAAGAGCCGCAACUCGUAAAGCGAAUAAGCGCGAGAAAGCUAGCGACUCCUAUAUCAGCGACAGUCGGCGAGAAAAUCGGAGAGAAACGGCUGGUUAAGAAAACAAUGCUGACACAUCUGAAUAAAAACGACUGCGUCUUCAAAAACGGCAUCGCCACGCCUUCGGAAAACGCCCCCUCGCCGGCGGAUAGCAAGCAGCUAAAGAGGGGUAAGAGGACGCUGGCCGUGGAGAAAGACAAGGCAAGUCCCAGAUCUGUUAAGGUACUUCGGCGGUCGCAUAUGAUCCCGCUUAAUUUAGUGAUUGAGAAAGACGAAGGUAAACUGCGUUUACCUUCCGUCAAAGUCAACAAGACCAUUUAAUCGAUGUAUAUAGUUGUUUAAAUAUGUGCAUAGAGGUGUAUAUUUAUAAAGUUUAUUUUUAGACUGUUAAGGAAAGAAGAUUUUAUAUAAUCAGAAUUUAAAUAACUUUGAUCUCCUUCAGGAUCAUACGGCACGUGAUCUCAGCAUGUGGGUUUGCUAGAAUUUUUUUGAUUAAGGCACACAUUUAUAGUCUAGAGUCUAGAGGAACUUUAUUGGAUGAAAACAGGAUGACAACAACGCUAGUUACAUUUCAUAUUCAGCUUAUAAGAAGUAAAAUAUAGCAAAAUGCAAAGUCAGGAAUGUUCUCACAAAGAUAACACCUAACGCUGUAACUAGAAACCGGAUGGACGGCGCUAAUCACAAGGGCAUCGGGACGGUGUUAGCCGUACCGUUGAAAUGGUAAUCAUCAGGAUUCCAUAACUUACACGGUGUCCCAUUUUAAUCUCCCCGCCUAAAUACUUCGAAAACUGCGCAUUCUAGAAAGAAAGUUUCAAACGAAAUAUGUAGGGUUUCGAGGGGUCAAAAACCAACUAAGAUCACUUGUUUAACUGCCAAUAAAAAUUUUCAAAUAAUCAGUUUUGAAUUUGGCAUCCUUAAAAAUAACAUUUUUUGACAGAUGUGAUCACAUGUUUUCGAAGUUUCCAAAAGCUUUUCUCGUUUGUUUCAUUUUCUAACUUUCUAGAAACGUUCAAUUAUUUUUUUCAAUACCAGCAUUUGAGUAUAAGACACUUUUAAACAGGUUGCAUUUCUAUUUACAUUUUUGUGUAACUUGGACUAAAAAAAACUAAGUUCACUUGUUUAACUGUCAAUAAAAAUUUUCAAAUAAUCAUUUUUGAAGAUGUGAUCACAUCUUUUCGAAAUUUCCAAAAGUUUUUCUCGUUAUUUACAUCCUGUUUCAUGUUCCAACUUUCUAGAAACUUUCAGUUAUUUUUCUCAAUACCAGCAUUUGAGUAUAAGACACUUUUAAACAGGUUGC